UCCAGGGAUCUAUUUCUGACUUGCUUUCGACUGUGUUGGGGUCGGGGCGGCUAUUACCUGGCCGCGCGUAGCGGGUUCAAGAUCGGCGACGCUCCUUCCAACAAUAAAGGUUGGAAGAGCCGCUUCUUCUUCGUCGUUGCAGUCGGGGAUGGGGCUUCAGCACUGGGUGGACCUCCCGCUCUGUCGACAAUGUCCUCCCGCUGCUUUCUGGUAGUGAGUCGGCGGAUGUGGAUCGUCUGAGGGGCAUUCUGUCUUCUUCUCGGGCAAUCGAGGAGAUGAUCGAGGAGUGGCUGGCCACCGCAGGGCUGAGCCCGGCUGCCGGGGAAAUGGUGGAUCUUCAAUCUGUGAAGAAAGCGUCUCAGGGCUGAUCCAGGGUGGCCGCGCCUCGGGGUGGCGACGGUUCGGGAGCCGUCCCGAAAAGGGGGGCGUCGGAGGGUGGCCCGGGCUCUCCGGACGUGAGGCGUCCAAGAAACUGAAGACCGCGGUCAGGAAGGUGUCCGCGAGGUCGGCUACUCGUGAAUGCAAUCUUGCGGGAGGCGUUCCGCUGGGCGAGGCCUCGGGGGCUGCCAAAGGCAAGGAGGCGGCCGGGUCAGCCGGAGGGGAUCCUGCGCCAGGGGCUUCUUUGCGCCCGAAGUCGAUGCGGGACUUGUGCCGCAUCGGUGGGUCGGCCGGCGAGGAGUACCGGACUCCGGGCAUGACCUGCCUUCCUACUGGAGCGGCGGGAACUCCCUAUGUUCCUCGGUGGUCCGCCCUUAAAGCGGACAGCCAUGUAUGGGCCGAUGGAUCGAUGGCCCAGGAGUUCAUCCGGGGUGCGCUGCACCCGCUGUUGGCCAAGGAGCUUUACGGCCUGACCUCGGAGGCCUUGGCAGAUCGGGCGGCCAAGUCUUUGGUCUGGGCCAACAUUACGCCAUGGCUCUGCUUGACCGGGCCCUUGACGCUGGGAAGAUGAUCGAGCGCCAAUCGAGCGCCUUCGCCGCGCUGCGCCUUGAGAACGAAGAGCUGAGGCGGUCAUCCGGCCCAGAGGUUGUAGCAGCCGCCGAGCAGCGCGCCUCGGCUUUGGAGGAGGAGGUGAGGCGCCUGAGGGCCGAGCUGGAGGAGAGUCAGGCUCGAGCCCGAACGUUGGAUGACGAACUGCAGACGCUCUCGAACGACAUCGAGUCCGCCCGAUCUUCGGCCUGGGCGGCUGAGGAAGCCCUGAAGGAAGAGCAGCGAGCGCUGCCCGAGCGGCUGGAGAGAGCGGUCGUUGAGUACAAGGCCUCGGCGAGUUUUGAGUGUGGCCUGGUAACGUCGGGGCGGGUGACGUAUGAAUUCGGAUACCGGGUGGCCUGUGCUCGCGCCCGAUCGACCCAUCCGGAGUGGGAGCUGGAGCCGGACCCUUUUGCCGAUCACCCUGCGGAUGAUGGCGUGGAUAUGCCGGGGAGCGUUCCCUUUGAUGAUGGGCCCGAGACGCCUCCUCCGAGUUGAUUUGUAUUUUACUUUUUGUUUUUGGUCGGGUCGGCCUUUGAUCUCUGUAUCGCCUACCCAUUGCAUGUACAGAUCUUUUAUAUUGGAGGUAGUUCGUUCUGACUA